UAUCUAGUGACAACAGAAAAUAUCGCUUGAAUCACGCGGUGUCGGUUCGACACUCCUUGCGCGAAUUCAUGACGGCUCGGUGGAAUCAACCAAGUUGAGCUUGCCGACGAACUCAUAACCUCCUUGGCUCGUCACCUGCAACAUGCAUCGUUUUUGAUAACUAAAUCACAGGUGUAUUACGCAAGUAAUUGCAAGACUCGGCGUCGCAUCCAUCUCCAUAUCGAUUCCUCCGAUCUUCGUCAAUGGACUACGAGAAACAGAAAGAUGAAGUCACUGCACUGGAAAGCAUCUACAACGAGGAAGAGUUCACGUACCGCGAGGAGAACGGCCGGUUCAACUGCACCUUCAAGAUACUUCUAAGUCUUCCAGCGAACUGUCACUUGACGUACAAGGAUCUCAGACACGAGGCGGAUUCCGUGCAAAAAGUGCAGAUAUCCUAUUUACCGCCGUUAACGUUGCACGUCACCCUGCCAGAGGAUUAUCCAUCUGUGUCCGCCCCCACGUUUACAUUGUGCUCCUCUUGGCUGCGCCUAGUGGCGUUGUCCAAGCUGUGUAAAAAACUUGAUUCGUUAUGGGAGAGCAGCAAGCAGGAGAUCCUGUUUACCUGGAUGGAGUUCCUUCAAGACGAGGCACUCGAGUUCUUAAAGAUAAAGGAUUACUUAGACAUGGAUCACGUAUAUACGUCGUACAAGAAAACACUGGAAAAAUUACAAGGCUCGCAAGUAAAUAGAGAGACAAACGAGUCGAACAAACAGUGUAACAGUGGUCUAGGUAAAGAGAGUUCCGCACCGAAGAAACCAAACGCCAUCGACAAGAGAGCCAUUCUGGAUUGUGCAAUUGGUAGGAACCCUAUUCAGGUACUGAUCGAUUACAAUGAGAAACGGAAGCACAUAGAAUUCAAGAAGAACUUUUAUACAUGCAAUAUCUGCUUCACCGAUAAAUCGGGAGAGCAUUGUACGCAAUUUUUGCCUUGCACUCAUACCUUUUGUAAGGAUUGUAUUAGGAAUUACUUUGAGGUAAAGAUUAAAGAAGGGAGCGUGCAGAAUAUUUGUUGUCCCGAAGGACAGUGCAAGUUCGAGGCAACACCUAAUCAGAUAAAAGAUUUAGUAAGUUCAGAGUUGUUCUCAAAGUACGAUUCCUUAUUGUUAAGUACCACGUUAGAUACCAUGAUGGAUAUAGUUUACUGUCCAAGACGACACUGUCAGUAUCCAGUCACUCGUGAUCCUGACGAUACCAUGGCAAAAUGUCCCGUUUGUCAAUAUGCUUUUUGCGUUCGUUGCAAAAUGGUUUAUCAUGGAAUAGAACCCUGCAAGAUUAGUUCAGCCGAAAAACAGCGAUUAUUAAACGAAUAUCAGUCAGCCAGCAUCGAAAAGAAAGCCGAGAUGGAGCAGCGUUAUGGUAAAAGGCAGCUGCAGAUAAUAAUGGAGAAUACCAUGUCCGAAAAUUGGAUCAACGACAACAGCCAUAAUUGUCCUCACUGCAAGACUGCAAUUGAGAAAUUGGAUGGUUGUAACAAGAUGACCUGUUCGCACUGCGGCACAUACUUCUGCUGGCUGUGUGGUUCUCGGCUCAAUCCCGAGGCUCCUUACUUACACUUCCGAAAUCCGGAAUCCAAAUGUUUCAACAUGCUGUAUCGCGGUGUGAUACCCGACGACGAGCCGGACGAUGAGGAUGAUUUCAAUUUUCAUGCCGAAUAUCUGGAGAAUUAUUUAUACGAAUACAUGUAUGAGGAUGAAGAAUACAUCUAUGAUGAAGAUUUCGAAGAGUUGGUGUUUGAUGACGAUUAAAUCGAUGCUGCUCAACUACGAACUUGAUUUCCAAAUUUACACAGACACAGAUAUUUCGUCUACGUUCGUUGGAUAUGAUUCACUCAAACAGUUAUUAUUAUAGUUAAAUAAAUAAAUCGUUGGUUUGAUAGCGAGCUGUUUGCGAUUAGUGAGAUCAAUGUAAUUAAUAUAAUUCGAUUGUAAGCAGUACUCAAUUCGUAAAACACGUUGAAAUUAUAAUUUAAAAGAAAGUAAUUUAUUACGCGUAUUAUAUACAUAUACAUCCAUGUGCGUCUAUUUGUAUAAGUAUUUUAUAAGAUUGUUUCAAGAUCAAUUCGAUAUUCGUCUUGCGAGUGACAGCGUUCCGGCAAUUUUUAAUUUAUUGUGAGAAUUGUUUCUAUAAACAGCAUGUUUGCAAUGUGUAGCAAUUUUAAAAAGAUAAAGAUUGUAAAGUGGAAUAUUGCAAAAUAUACAGCUUAUUUUUCCAAUA